CAGGUGAUGGCGGCGGGCAAGCGCGGGGCAGCUCGGCCCCGCCCGAGGCCGCUGACGUGCGCUCCGCCUCCCGGCUUAAGGAGCGGCGGCGGCGCCUCUCUGUGGAGCCGUGCGCGGCGCUGGUUGAGCGGCGGGCUGCUGGUGGGGCUGCUCGGGCCGUGUUGUGUCACCGCGGGCGGCUUGGCGAAGACGGAAUUUGUUACUGUUUUGGUGCGAGACCCCAGGACGCAGAAAGAAGACUCAUGGCAUUCUUACAUAGACUACGAGAUAUUUAUUCAUACAAACAGUAUGUGCUUUACGAGGAAGACAUCCUGUGUUAGACGACGCUUCCGAGAAUUUGUUUGGCUUCGGCAGAGGCUUCAGAGCAAUGCUGUGCUCAUACAGUUACCUGAACUGCCAUCUAAAACUCCCUUUUUCAAUGUGAACAAUCCCCAUCACGUGGACCAUCGUCGCCAGGGCCUGCAGGAAUUUCUGGAGAAGAUUCUACAAAAUGCAUUAUUGCUCUCGGACAGCAGGCUUCACCUCUUCCUACAGACUCAGCUGAGUCCGGAAGAUAUGGAGGCUUGUGUAUCUGGGCAGACCAAAUAUUCUGUUGCUGAUGCGAUUCAGAAGUUUGCCUCUUUGAACAGGCGCUUUCCUAUAGAAGAUGAAGAGAGAAAAAAAGGAGGAAACGAUGCAGACUCUGAUUCGGAGAGUUCAUCCUCCGGGCUUGGACCUAGUGAUGACAGCGUUUCAUGUGGAUGUAAAGCAAGCCUAGCUUCUGAAGAAUCAUGAAAGAUCAGUUCUGUAUUCUUAUCUUCAGGACAGCACAAAAUGGUUUCUUCUAUGUUUACCAGUUACAUACCCCACAUAAAUGCAACUUGCUAGCAACAAGCACCUAAAAGACUCAUUGUCAACACAACAGUAUGUCCUUACAGAGUUUUUAAACAGGCCUCAAUAUUAUUUCUUUGAUUUAUUAUGUCUGCUGACUCAGGUCUAUGUGUUACCUAUUGCAUUUACUUCUCUGUAACUAUAAUAAUCUCAGCAUUGGGUUAGUCGUGUUCCGCUGACUGACGUGGCUGUUAAAAUAUUUCCCUUAGUGAGUGCACGUCUUAGAGCUGGAAAAAUAAAGAUAACUUCAUCCUCA